AUGGGCGAGGGCGAGGAGGAACUGCGGAGUGCGGCCUAUGGGGCGGACGGCGGCCGCAGCUACCGCCGCGAGGAGCUGGUUGCGGCCUUGGAGAUUCACUUCCAGCAUGUGGCGCCCCUGUACAAGGGCAGCUACUACCUCUGCGUGGGGCCGCGGUGGACGGAUUGGCAGGUGAUUCGAAUUUCGGACCUCUCAGUCCCUCAGUUCAAGCUCCGGGACGGCGAGUCGGGCAAGGACUUCCAGCUUGUGGUGGCGCAAUCUGGGUUCCUCUGGGGCGGCGCUGCCUUCAGCAAGCAAGUCCAGGUCGCCGAGGGGCUGGUAAGGAAGAUCACGCCCAUGCUCUUCGGCCUCAAGCAGGCCAUGUUCCUGCACCUCUUUGCUCCGGACUUUGCCUGCGUACCCAAGCUGAUAGGCCAUCAAUCCGGUCGGCGCCCGCUCUGGAGCCUGGUUGCGAUGGAGCGGCUGGAUGGCCUUGACCUUCUGGCGCACAUGAAGCAGAUGCGGGAGCAGCGGGAGGUCUUCGACCUGCUGGUCGCCGCAGUGGAGCUUCUCUGCUGCCUCUUGCGGCACGGCGUCCGGCACAACGACUUGUGGGCAUCCAACAUCAUGGUCCUCCCGGCAGACGGACCUCUGGUGAGCGCAGACAACUUGAAGUCUCGAGUCCGUCUGGUGGCCAUCGAUUUCGAGGCCGCGGAGCUGACCCAGGAUGGCCUCUACGACUUCGUGGACGAGGCCCUCUCGCUCGGGGGCAGCGGUUCCCCGCUCAGCCGGGCAAGAGACUUCUUGAGGGAUUCCGGCGUGCACGCGGUGGAGCUGCCUCCGCUGGCUCCGACGUUCCACGUGGCGGAGGGUUUUGCUGGCGACGCCGCUCUGGAGAAGGUGACAGACCGAGGCAUGCUUGGUAGUGUUCUGAAGCACCACUUCUUCGACAGCCCGGACACAGAGCACUUGUCUCGGCUUGCCGAGCCGUAUCGGCACAUCAUCGAAGCGCUUAUGCAGGAAGGGCCCCAGUGUGAGGUGAACGAUGAGACUUCCUGUGUGUCUGGGGAGACCCUUGUCCAGCACGUUGGCUGGCGGUUGCAGGACAUUCGCAGGAUGCUCCUUGUCAUGGCAUAG